CAAUCUUUUGGCGACAGGCAUGGAAAAAUUCAAACCUUGAACGGAACCCAUUUAUGUUAUUUAAUUGUUCUUUUUAUUUAUUUAUUUUUUGGACAACGACCACACUUCUCGUUACCUUGGAAACCUAAACACACGGAAGUGCUGGCAAUGAUUUCACCCGGUUCUGUUCUAGUUACAUAGUGUGUACUGCUGUAAAUAAGACAUUUCCUGAUUGUGCUUGUUUCCUCCCGAGCAGAAUGGACUUCGACAAUCUUGGACGCGCAUCAUCUGCAGGCUACCGGUUCCCGGUGCAAGCAGGUAAACCAGUGGCAAAGCAACAAUCACCUGCGGCUACAAGUCUGCGCAAUACAAGAGACAGAACGUCCACAACGCCGCAAAGUGACGCAAAAGAUCCAGUCAAACAAGACCAAGCGUGGAAAGCAGUAGUAUGGGGUGAAAGGAGAGCAGUACUGGAAUGGGAGAAGAAUUGGAGUUUCCUCAAGAAUUAUGAUCAGAUGGGAGAGCUGAAGCCAGAGGAGCCUUUACCCAGCAAUGCAUCACACUUCUCUGAUUGUGUCCCCAACACUACAAACAAAAUAUUUGGAAGCAGAUUGUCGACUCCCCUGGGACGUGAACUGGUUCGACUGGACAGACUUUUAUUUAUGUCUGAAAGCCAUCACAAGUGUAAACAGGAUCCAGAGAUGAUACCAUGCUAGAUGAGUCCCUUAUAUAUUUUAACGCCCUUACUCGGGCGCCAUGAGUGCCAGAACUCUGCUUGGUAAGCUUUAUUUGUAAUGGCAUAAUUAUAACCCUGCAUAAUAAAAUAGCAUGCAGUUAUGUCAAAUACAUAUUGUAGCGUCGCUGGGAACACUUCCUGGUUCCCAACGUGCUUUGCGGCACCGUCUGUGUAAAUAGCUCUUUAGUUUGUAGUUUAAAGUCACAUAGUCGUUUGUUAUUGUUCUAUUGUUCUACUGAACCUUUAUUUGUCUGUUACAUUACUGAGUGAUGUUUUUAGUUUUUUUUGUUGUCACACCAUGACUGAAACUGUCACCUGGUGGAAUCUGACGGGCUGUGUUGUUGUUUAAUGUAAGCUUUCUUAGCUGCUUUCGAAAUAAAAGCCUUUCUCUGUUACGAGACCCUAGAGCGCCACAAUAUAUUUUACAAACAGACAUAUACUUGUCUUGUAAGCCAUUUAGUGCUAAUUGCGAUUCUCUUAAUGUCUUCUUUGGAUGCUCAAGAAGACUCAAUGUUAGACAACACAAAGAAACUCCUAACUGGAGAUCUUUAAAUUAAAUGGAUGGAUAGAAGAAUCGACCAUGGAAGAAUUAUUCUGUAUUGUUAUGCAAGAACAUAAAUUACCUGUCUAACUGGUUAUUUGUCACAGUUAUUCAUUCACUUACUAAGGUUUCAUUACGUUAAGUGAUUUUUUUAGUUUAGAUGUCUGUAUUUUAUUUUUUAUUUUUUUGCUUAAUUUCAUGCUUUUGCAAACGAUUGUUCCUUUUUUACAUUCUAGCUGGAAAAGUGUGUCUUGUUUCUUCAUUGCAGUGUAAUUGUGACUUAUAAGCCAGUAAAUGAAUUUAGC